AGAUGGCGGCGCUGCGCGGGAGAAGGAGGAGGAGGCUGGCCCUCGUGCUGGGCGCCGCUGCCGCCGGCCUGCUGCUGCUGCUGCUCCCGGGGGGCGGGCUGGCCCUCCUCCCCCUCCUCCUCCCCCUCCUCCUCCUCCUCCCCCCCCUCGGCCGCCCCCUGCCCGUGGAGGGAAAGGCCGUGCUCAUCACAGGUUGUGACAAGGGCUUUGGCCACGCCCUGGCCAUGCACCUCCAUGCCAAGGGAUUCACCGUCUUUGCUGGGUGCUUGCUCCUGGACCGAGGAGGGGAUGGUGCCCGGGAGCUGGAGAGCCUGGGGCCAGAACGCAUGACGGUCUUGCAGCUCAACGUGUGCAGCAACCAGGAGGUGGAGCACGCUCUUGAAGUGGUGCAGAAGAGCCUGAAGAGACCGGAGCAGGGUCUGUGGGGCCUGGUGAAUAAUGCUGGCGUUGCCUCCUUUGGGGAUGUGGAAUUCACCAGUCUCGAGAAGUACCAGGCUGUGGCUGACGUCAACUUGUGGGGGACCAUCCGGAUGACAAAAGCUUUCCUGCCCCUGAUCCGCCGAGCUAAAGGCCGGGUCAUCAACAUGAGCAGCAUGCUGGGACGCAUGGCCACACCGCUGCGCUCCUCUUACUGCAUCUCCAAGUUUGGACUGGAGGCCUUCACCGACUGCCUGAGGCAGGAGAUGUACCGCUGGGGCGUUGCCGUCAUUGCCGUCGAGCCGGGCAACUUCAUUGCGGCCACGGGCAUCCUGACCGAGCAGGGCGUUGAGGCCCAGGCAGAGGAGAUGUGGCAGCAGGCGGGCGAGGCGGUCCGGGCCGAUUACGGGGAGCCCUACUUCCUGCAGCAGGUCCGCCGGAUGGAGGCCUUCGUGCGCAGCGGCCUGAAGGACAAGUCCCCUGUCCUGGAGGACAUCACCAGUGCCUUGACCGCCCGGCACCCCUACACCCGCUACAACCCCAUGGACACCCGGUGCUGGGUGCGCCUGCAGGCCGUGGCUCACCUGCCCACCGCCCUGGCCGACUGGCUUUACGUGGACUAGCCUCAUUCCAGCGGUGGGAGCAGACAUUCCACAGAGUCGUCCCCCCCCUCCCUCCCUCGCACACACACACAGCAGAUCCGAUUUCCUUCUCAGAUUUGCCUCCACACCGAGCGGUCGCUUCCUCCUGCAUCCCCCGCCAGAAGUCCUCUCUGCUUGUCUGAAUUGGUCUUGACAUUUUGUAAUCUGCCUUGAUUCUCAGUGAGAACAGCACAGUAUAAAUGAAAUAAAUAAAUUUUCAAAGAUU